CCGUACGUUCUUAUAGCAUUAAAAUUAUUGUUGUUUCGCGCGGAGUGACACUUUUUAUUUUCCUAUAAUCAAGAAAAUAACUAGACGUAAUAUGACGCUUUUUAUAUAAAGAUCGUAGUCUGUAUUUCGCGCGCACAGCCAAUUUUGUUAAACACAUUCAAUGUUUAACGGUCUUAAACAUUGCAAGCCUUAGAAAAGUCCCGUGGUAUAUCUAUGACGUAUUAUGAAGCGGUGCGGGUUUAAAUGCAUUGCUGUACAAGAAAGAGGUCAAAGUCACUCUUGCUCACUGCAGACUCUGGAAGUCUAUGCAUGGUAACAGUCCGAUUCUGCAAGAGCAAAUGCGUGUUCCUGACGCAACAAGUAUCUGGUUUCCAGUCUCUCCGUUGGAUGACUUCAGGCUGUCUAGAGACGAAGAGUUGUGCGUGUUUUACGCAUAUGGAUACUUUUACGGAGCGGAGACGGUAGAUUAUGCAUUCCGCAGGAUGGGUGCGAACAAUGGGAAACAGAGCGGGAGUGAAGGGAAAGGCAGUUCCAGUAUUUCCUCCGACCUAAGUUCAAGUACAGAUCAGACAUCGACCAAAGCUCCAAAGAAUGCAGCUACCAGUGAAGACUCGGAUCUUAGCAUGCGAACAGUGAGCACGCCAAGUCCAGCUCUGAUUUUGCCCUCUCGUACUUCCCCAGCCAUACUUAAUGGCUCCUCAACAUCCUCCUCCGCCUUCAGCACAGAAACCAUUGCCAUGGUGCACACGCCCCCUACCUCCCUCACCCACCCCCAAAAGAGCCUGCGGCAACCAAAGGACCACCAGGGGGCGCCCAUCGACAUUCUUCCCGACCAUGCCUUUCUACAGAUCUUCACCCACCUGCCCACCAACCAGCUGUGCCGCUGUGCCCGAGUAUGCCGACGUUGGUACAACUUGGCGUGGGACCCCCGCUUGUGGAGGACUAUUCGUCUGACAGGAGAUGUGCUACAUGUGGACCGUGCACUUCGGGUUCUCACUCGAAGACUCUGCCAGGAUACCCCCAAUGUUUGUCUUACCUUGGAGACGGUUGUGGUUAGUGGCUGUCGGAGGCUGACUGACCGUGGACUGUACACAGUUGCACAGUGCUGUCCAGAACUCCGUCGCUUAGAGGUUUCCGGCUGUUACAACGUGUCCAAUGAGGCCGUGUUUGAAGUGGUGUCAUGUUGCCCCAACCUGGAACACCUGGAUGUUUCAGGGUGCUCUAAAGUAACCUGCAUAAGUCUAACUCGGGAUGUGUCAGUCAAACUCUCCCCUCUUCAUGGCCAGCAAAUCUCCAUCCGCUAUCUUGACAUGACGGACUGUUUUGCUUUAGAGGACGAAGGCCUGCACACCAUUGCUGCCCACUGUACUCAGCUCACUCACCUCUACCUACGCCGCUGUGUGCACCUGACUGAUGAGGGUCUGCGUUUCUUGGUCAUCUACUGCCCGUCUGUGCGUGAACUCAGUGUCAGCGACUGCCGCUUCAUCAGUGACUUUGGCCUGCGGGAGAUUGCAAAACUUGAGGGCCAUCUGCGUUACCUCAGCAUAGCGCACUGCGGCCGCAUCACUGACGUGGGUGUGCGUUACGUAGCCAAAUACUGCAUCAGACUGCGUUACCUGAAUGCUCGUGGCUGUGAGGGUCUAACAGACCAUGGCAUUGAGCACCUUUCCAAAAACUGCCUCAAAUUAAAGUCCCUGGACAUUGGGAAGUGCCCUUUGGUGUCAGACGCAGGCCUGGAGCAGCUUGCACUAAACUGUUUCAAUCUGAAAAGACUCAGUCUGAAGUCAUGCGAAAGUAUAACAGGCCAUGGGCUGCAGAUUGUGGCGGCAAACUGCUUUGACCUUCAGAUGCUGAAUGUACAGGACUGUGAUGUGCCACUUGAGGCUCUGCGCUUUGUCAAACGUCAUUGUAAACGCUGCAUCAUUGAGCAUACCAAUCCAGCCUUUUUCUAAGAGCUAGAAAUAUGGAAUUGUAGAAGGAUUUGAGAAAAUAAUCUCUUUUGACCUGCGAGAGUGACUUCUCUGCUAAACAAAUGUAAAUGAGAUUUCCACUGCUGCGCCUUUGUAUUUAAUUUGCAUGGUUAGGAGAAAUCUUAACAAAGACAUUUUUUUAUCCAUAUAUUUAUGUUUUUAUUUACUUAUAUUUUUGGAUUACUCAUAUUGCCUAUGUCAGAUUGUAUUACAUUUAAUGUGUAUAGAAAUGUGUAUUUUCAAAGAAAAUAUCAAGCAAUUAAUGAUCAAAAAUGCAGUUUAUUGACGCUUUGAAAUGAUGUGACGUUAACCAGGAUUUUUUUACAUUUUAUUUUUACAUGUUUACAUUUUAAAUCCCUGUUCUGAAUGUUUAGCUUUGUGUUUCAUCAUGUAAGCAUAAUAAUUGGUUUCAUUUCCUAGGAAUAUGACUAGUGUCAUUUUCACUGUGAUGUUUACCUUUGUAAUGGUCAUUACUGCUUGUUUUAUGUGUUUAAUGAAAGGAAGACCACAGUGGAAUAAAUAGGUCUAAGCCAUAUUAAAGAUAAUUGUGAUGUUUACUUUUGUGUUGCUAACUUGAAAUACACCUGGGUCCAUGAAUGAGAAAAUGCAUUACAGUAGUGUUACUUCUGACUGGGGUUGUGUUCAGAAGUAACAUGAUGGUGACCACUGAGGAGGUGGCCUUAAAUUGUCUGAUGACAGAAUGCAGAAAAGAUUCCCACAGAUUUCCAUAGGCCAAAAAAUGCUAGAUAGGAGAGAGACGAGACAACAAGAUCGGUCUCCCUGGGGUGAGUCUGUAUGUGCAGAAUCUGCAAUACAGUGUGCAGUGAGGAGCUCCACUCCAUGCUCUGUCCCUUUGGGACUAUUGCAGGUGCAUUAGUGAUGAUGGAAAGCAAACAGAGCAAGGGAUGUGAAUAUGUAGACUUCUCUUCUACUGAAGAUGUCACCAAGGCGCUGAAGAUGAACGGCCAUAUUAGGGGCAAAAGGAAGUUGAGAGUGACUCUUUCCCAAAAGCAUUGAAAACACCACCCAAAGAGACAUCCAGGACAGAUCGGAAUGACACCACUUGACGUCAUCAAAAAGGAGGAGAGUUCUGACGUGCCACCAGCUGACUCUGCCGCUGCGGUUUGUGACGAAAAAUCUGACCCCAACCAGCCUGAAAUACAACCUGAGACUGUUAUGGCCAUAAAGUCUGACAGCAACAUGGUUGUUCCUCAGCAUCACCUCUUAGUUAUCGAGGAGAGAGUGCAGUCAACACCCACACAUUUGCACAGACCUUUGCCCACUGUCAGAAGAUGGUGAAAAUAAUCAUCAAACCACCACACUUCCAGGAGAUCCAGAGGUUGGCCUUAUUGCACCAGGCACCUCAGACCCUGGCCCUCUCUGGCAGAGGAAGCGAUCAGUUAGCUUGUGUUGAAGAAGCUCUACAGCCACUCGAUGACUCGAGUUAGCAGUCGUCAUCAUGGGGACCCAGGCCAAGAAAUGCUGUGGAAUCAGUUGUGGGGAGCCCCAUAACCUGGUCGGCCAUCAGACUCUGGGCCCUGACUCGACUAUAGCUAUGAAGCAGCCCUGGAAUGAAAAUCGUCUGAAUCCUCCACAACAAUUCAACAAAAAGCGUAAUGUGUACAAAAGAAAAAAUGAUUACAAUUAAAAUGAUUACAUUAAUAC